AUGGAUGUACAAUUGAGUAUUACAGUCGUAUCAGUAUUAUUGCUUUUGUUCACUUCAACUGCUAAAGCUCAAUCAGGUGUUUUUGAUGUAGUUGCCAAGUAUGGCGCAAAGGCUGAUGAGAAGACGGAUUUGAGUCAGCCAUUGUUAGAUGCUUGGAAAGAAGCAUGUGCUUCCACUACUCCAUCUAAAAUUGUGAUUCCUAAAGGGACAUACUUAUUAAGUAAAGCAACCCUAGAAGGUCCCUGCAAGGGUCCUAUUGAGCUUCAAGUUCAGGGCACUGUGAAGGCUCCGGCUGAUCCUAGCGCUUUCAAGGACCCUAACUGGGUCGUCUUUAACAAACUUGAACAAUUUACAAUGUCUGGUGGUGGAGUUUUUGACGGCCAAGGAGCCGCUGCUUGGGGCAAGAAUGAUUGUUCUAAAAACAAAUAUUGUGCCGCACUUCCCAUUGUAAGAUGA